GCAACUCUUCUCAACUUGGAAUCGUGAAUGACGAUACUAAUCAGUAUUGAUGCAAAGUGCUACAAAGAUUUAUCCAUUGGAUCAUGGUCCAGCCCAGAUCAGAGCUGCCAUAUAUGCCAUGGGUGUGGAGAAUAUAGUAUAAAGGCUUCGCGGCAGUGUUCAAUUUUGUGUUCAAAUUCCCAACUCCCCCAAAGGAUACCAAAUAAUCUCCUGCAUUCGCACCGCUUGCUUCACCUACCACCUAGAGUCUAAUGAUGGAUAGGUCACGCGCGAAUCGCAGACAAAGACGCGAGCGCACCAUAAGUUCAUCCAGAUUGACACUACGAAGUCCAUUGUCCUCAGGGUCAGGGCAGGCCCUUGACCAACAUUCAAUAAGAUUAGCCCUGCAGUCAGGUCUUAAGCACCUCGACAGGUUCGAGCAUCAUGUGCACGAGGAAACCAAAAAGAUCCGCAGCCUCUUUAUAAAUCUCCUUGACAACUGUCAGUCAGAUGUCACGACGGAGAGUUCGAGCAGACAUGAUAGCGUUGUCGACUCCCAAUCUGGACUCGAUGACCUCGAUGACAUUGAACUGUCUUUAUCAGGUUCCCCCAAAGGGUUAUUUCCCCACGGCACCCGCAGUUUUGUCGACCAUGUCACCGCGACUUGGCCCCAGCACAGCAUGUACUCUGAAGGACUUCUGGCAUGCUAUGACCCGCGUGUCACGAGAUCAUCAUCAGAUGUUGUAGAUCCUCACCUCGAUGUAUCACUCCAUAGGACGUCCGAUUCCGUCCAUGCGCCCACUGCGCAACCCUUCGAGAACGUUUAUUUCGGAGAACAUGUCACAUUAAGUUCUUCAGCCAGACCCGGCGUGCAAUUGUCUAUGCCUGUUGUGCAGGAUAGCCAAGCAAAGGAAAAGGUACAAUGUACCUGGGAUGGGUGCUGGGCAUUUGUUAACAAAGAUAACCUCACUCGUCACAUAGAAGAGGUACACGAGGAGAGGAUUAAGGCUGUUUGUACAGGCUGUGGAAGAAAGUUCAAGCGUCAGUAUCAAGUGAAUGAGCACAUCCUUCGGACUGGAUGUGGAAUAUGGGCAUAGAUUGUUAUCAUGACCUUGUACAACAAAGUAGCCAUGAUCGUGCUAAUAUAUAUCGGGCGCUGUCCAGAAGUACUCACAAUAA